CCGGGGACUGUCAGCGCCCGCUCGCACAGGGAAGGUGACUUUAUGCUGCUCCCCAGAUGGGACACAAAGUGGUCGUGUUCGACAUCUCUGUCGUCAGAGCCUUGUGGGAAACUCGCGUCAAGAAGCACAAAGCAUGGCAGAAGAAGGAGGCGGAAAGGCUGGAGAAGAGCGCCCUGGAAAAGAUAAAGGAGGAGUGGAACUUCGUGGCCGAGUGCAGGAGGAGGGGCGUGCCCCAGGCCCAGUACUGCAAGAACGGCUUCGUGGACACCAGCACAAGGCUCCUGGAGAAGACCGAGAGGAACCCGGUCGCCGCCAGGCAGAGAGUCAAGGACAGAGACAAAGCGAGCGAUCCACAUGUGUUUGAACUUUCAGGGGCGCAGUGGAAGGAGCUGCCUGAUUCCCUGAAGGAGCAGACACACCUCAAAGAAUGGCACAUUCACAGCACCCUCAUUCAGAUCAUUCCUACGUACAUCGAGCUGUUCCAAGCGAUGAGAAUUUUGGAUUUGCCAAAAAACCAAAUCAUGUGUCUUCCAGCUGAAAUUGGUCGCUUGAAGAACCUGAAGGAACUCAAUGUGAGUUUCAACCAUCUCAAGAGUAUCCCCCCGGAGCUGGGAGACUGUGAGAAUCUGGAGAGACUGGACUGUUCCGGGAAUCUGGACCUGACGGAGCUCCCCUUUGAGUUAAGCAACCUGAAGCGAGUUACCUUUGUCGAUAUCUCAGCAAACAAGUUCUCCAGCGUCCCGAUCUGUGUCCUGCGGAUGUGUCGUCUGCAGUGGCUGGAUAUCAGCAGCAACAAUCUGAGUGACCUGCCGCAAGAUAUAGACAGGCUGGAAGAGCUGCAGGGCUUCCUGCUGUAUAAAAACAAGCUGACCUACCUUCCUCAAGCCAUGCUCAACCUCAGAAAGCUCACCUUGCUGGUUGUCAGUGGAGAUCAUCUGGUGGAGCUCCCGACUGCCCUGUGUGAUGCCUCCACGCCAUUGAAAUUUGUAAGCCUUAUGGACAAUCCUAUUGCUGAGACCCAAGACAGCGAUGAGACAAUGGAAAGUGAACAGGAUCGCCAGCAUCUCGAUAAGGAAUUCAUGAAAGCGUACAUUGAAGAUCUUAAAGAAAGAGAAGCUGUUCCCAGUUACACCACCAAAGUCUCCUUUAGCCUUCAACUCUGAUCCUAUCUACCCGAAGACCACAAAAUCUACCGCCCUGUGCUCUAGAUCUUUGUAUAUGCGUUACUUCUUAUAGGAACUGUGGCUUGUGCCUAAGGACAAGGUCUAGAAGCUACCAUCAUCACUGUUGUUUUCAAAUCUCAAAUAUGGGAAGACUGAUGAACCUGCUUAUAUAGCAAUAGCAAUAGACUAAUUAGCAUGUACUUGUC